CGCGCGCACAGACUGACGGUACCGGAGUGAUUUAUAUCACGCCUACCUUGCCUUGGCUUGUGCUUGCGGAAGAGCCGUUACCUGGUUACAGGGGAGUGAUGGAGCAUUGAGUAAUGUAAUCUUCACGACUCCUCAGAUAUGAGAGUUUCUCUCGCGCUCGCUGAGCCAAAGCACCACGCGCCGUUCCUGCAGCGUCUUCGGAGAGCGCGAGCAACGGCUCGUUCAGGAAAAACGCUUUGACCUUUGAAUUAAGUUACAAGUAUCACCACGGACAGUCUCCAGUUUGUCAUAUUCCCAGUUGUGAAGUUUAAGGACAAUGGCCCCCAGCUGAAGGCAGUGACGACAAGAGACUGAGAUGGAGCUGACCUCAGUAGACGCCUCUGCUGUGCUGGACUUAUGGGGCAACGGCUCCGUUCCUGGUUUCCUCCUUAACGAGAGCAUUCUCAAUGACACUUGCUUCCUCAAUGCUUUGAACUGCACUAAUGGGACAGAUGCGGGGAACCGAGCAGGAACAAGCAUGGCAGGAAUCCUCAUCCCUCUUAUUUACAUCAUUGUCUGCGUCGUCGGCCUGGGAGGAAACUCACUGGUCAUCCACAUCGUCCUGCACUACUCCAAGACAGAGUCAGUGACCAACAUCUACAUCCUGAAUCUAGCUAUAGCCGAUGAGCUCUUCAUGCUGGGCCUUCCUUUCCUCGCUGUGCAGAACGCCAUGCACUCCUGGCCCUUCGGCUCCUUCACGUGCAGAUUAGUCAUGACCGUUGACGGCAUUAACCAGUUCACCAGCAUCUUCUGCCUCACAGUGAUGAGCAUCGACCGCUACCUGGCCGUGGUUCAUCCUAUACGGUCCUCAAAAUGGAGGCGACCACAAGUGGCCAAGGCGGUGAAUGGAACAAUCUGGGCGGUCUCGUUUUUGGUAGUCUUGCCUGUGGUGAUUUUUGCAAACGUGCAACGGGAGGGAGGCAUCUGCAACAUCAUUUGGCCGGAGCCAGCCAACAUCUGGGGAGCAGCAUUUAUCAUCUACACCUCCACAGUUGGCUUUUUCUUUCCCUUGUUAGUCAUCUGCAUGUGCUAUCUCCUCAUUGUGAUCAAAAUCCGCAGCUCAGGAAAGAAGGUUCACGCCACUUCGACCAAACGGCGGAAGUCAGAGCGAAAAGUCACGCGAAUGGUGGUGAUCGUUGUGGCUGUGUUUGUUUUCUGCUGGAUGCCGUUUUAUGCCCUCAAUAUCAUAAACCUGGUGGAAUCACUGCGCGAUGAGCCCCAGGGUCUGCAUCUUUUUGUGGUGGUAUUGUCUUACGCUAACAGCUGCGCUAACCCUAUCGUUUACUGCUUCCUUUCGGACAACUUCAAGCGGGGAUUUCGAAAGGCUCUGUGCCGCUCAUCUCGAAGGGUGGAGAACCACGAGUCCACCGAGCAACAGAAUCAAGAGGAACGAAGAAGAGUUCUGAUGCCCAGGGAAAGCCUUAAAAGAGCAGUGAAAAAUGAAGAGGAUGAGGAAGAAGAAGAGUACAGGGAGGAAGUGACAGAGAUGACGGAAAUCUGCAGGAUUACUCAGAAUGGAAACGGAAGCAGACAAGCUGAAAGUAGCCGAGCGCUUUUCUUAGAGAGACCCUCGGGUGCAGGGGUUUCUGAGACAAGUUCCCCAGACAGGAGAGGCACGGCUGGGGAUGUUAAAGGACCAGGCUUUGGAACUGCUGCAACCCUUCUGAACGGGGCUAAAAACGGGAAUGUGAAAACACUGCCAGAGGAACCGGUGGAAAAAAACAGCUCACUAGAGAUCAGCUACUUGUAAACUUGUGAUUUGUGUCAGCUGGAAAAACAGUAUUAUUGUACAUGCCUCCCUGAGUUCUAUCCAGUUUGUAGUUACAGUACAACUCGUCUUAAUGUCUAUGAAAUCUUCUCCUAGUAAUUAGACAUUGUCUAAUUGUAGUAUGGAAGUAUGGAAGUGUACACAUUGUAGUAUGGAAGUGUACAAUCUGGCAACACAAUUGAAAUAGUCACAAUGAAUUUUGCCUUAUUUAUAAGACUUGGCAAAUCAAAACAAGGGUCAUCAGCAGCAUUCCAUGGUAUCAAUACCUAUGGGACCAGCACCACAAUAUGUGAAGCAUCUCUGUGCCUUUUUCUAAAUUUGUUUAGGAGAUUUAAUCAAUGCAGUAAAUCUAUGUCUACGACUGACUGGGCACUAGAUCACUAAAUACAUUUACAUGCACUUUUGCUCAAUUCUAGCUGUUUAUGUGAACAUACUUAGUGAUACUUGUAGCAUACUACUAAGAGAUAAAAUUUGGAAAAUAUUUUGUAAAUGUAAACAGGUCAAAAAUUACACAUCAGCUUGUAGUUUUCUCUAAAUGUAUCUGUAUGUGUUUUUUGCCUUACUUAUAAAAGUAUUGUACACUAAUUGAAAUAUGUUGCAAACAGGUCUUUAAACUCUACAUACACAUUGUUAUAUUAUACAGCUUUGUGAUGCCUAUCAGUUGUGUUCUUAUUUGUUGGCAUUUAUUUAUAUAUAUAUUACACAAAUACUUAACAUAUUAUGUCAGUUUAAAAACUGAAUGUUUAUUAUCCAGAUCA